GGUAUUGUCACGCACCUGCCCUACUAGCAAGCUUGCUAAGCUAGAAGUGAUCGUUGGAUUGCCGAUUAGCCAUGGCGUCAAGGAGGAGGGAGCCGGCGAUUGGCCGCGUCUUUGACGACGAGGACAAGGAGGACGACCUUGUCGGCGACGAUAGUGGCGAUGACGGGGAGGAGGUGAUGGAGGUGAGGAGACGCGUGUCCCGCUUCGCCGUGGACGGGGACAGCGGUGCCGGCGGGGCGAGCGAGGUGGCCAGGAGGCGGGUGUCCCGCUUCGCCGUUGAGGAAGUGGGUGGCGUGGUGCCGGACCGGCGACGCGGCACCGUCGAGGGUGUCCGGGCUCUGCCGCCGCCGCACGCGUGGCUGGCAGUGGAGGAGACGAAGCAUUCGAAGGGCGGCGGGUUCGGGAGCGAGAACGAGGAGCAGUGGGCGCGGCUGCUGCAGCGCGGCGGGUCGGCGCAGGCCGAGGCGGCGGAGGCGCAGCGGCAGCACCAGCCUCGGCGGAGCAGCUUCAGCGUGGUCCGGCGGGAGCGCGGGGCGCGGGAGGCGUGGCUGGACCGCGCGUGGGAGAUGAAGCGGAACUGGCACGAGCGCAACGGCGGCGCCCCCGACGCAGACACCCCCGUCGUGGUCGUCGUGGGUACGAAGCAGCAGCAGCAGCAGCACGGCGGGAGCGGGACCUCGUCGCCGUCCUGCUCGUCCCCGCACCGCCACGGCCACGCGGCGGCCGGCGUGGCCAUGGACAUGGAGGAGGUGCGCGCGUGCAGGGACCUCGGCCUCGACCUCCCCUCCGACUGCGCCGUGGAGAUACAGUGCUACGGCAUCUCCGCCGGCAGCAGCCCCACCCACAGCAACGCCGGGAGCAGCUCCCCUUCCACGCCCGGCAGCUGCUCCAUCUCCAGCCCCAGCGCCGGGGAGGAUCCGGUGGACGUGAAGGCGAGGCUCAAGGUGUGGGCGCAGGCGGUGGCGCUCGCAUCCACAACACAGCUCGGAUCUUGAAGGCAGCUGCGACGUCGAUCUACAUGGCAUGGAUCGUGGAUCGAUCCGUCGUGUAAGAAGCAACGCUACGCGAGAGUUCUACCUCCUUUUUAGCGAUAGUAUACUGCGUGUAUGUGUAUGCAUGUGUCAUCAAAAAAAUUCUCCUGAUUGCGGUUAUUGGAGAAUGUAUGUGUGCGUUACAUUACCAACUAAACCCUACUUAAACUUCUCUAGUCCUGUUGAUUUCCUUGUGGAUCGCUGGAUGUGAAUGAAGGUCGAUUAACUUGUAAGAAAAAUAGGUAAUUAAUCAGUGUGAAUCGCUGUUUCUUC